UCGCCGUCGCUAUCGAGGCGAGCUCCGUGGAAGUUUGCUGGCUGCUGAGGCUCGUUCGAGGCGGUGGAGGACAGGCAGGCAGGCAGCUCUCCGUUCGGCUUGGCUUGGCUUGGACGGCUGCCGCGUCGCGCACCUGCGGGCGGGCAGUGGCCAGUGGCUGGGCGGUCCGGGGCCGGGGCAGCCAGGGGCGUCGUCGCGCUCGUAGCCACUGAGGUCGGCGGCGGUGGCACCGUGGCAGUGCGGUGCCGAGAAACCGUCCCACCAAGGAGGCUGGGGCACCGAACAGCGAACAACGGAAGAAGAGCAGCUGAACAGGCAGGGGAGAGGUUCCAGCUAUGCUCACCGCGCAGCCGCCACCUGAGGUAGCGGGUGAGGAUGACAGCAGUUUCCACCAUGUCUUCGUGGAGUUUAUGACCAAAGCCGCUCAGUUCGAGGAGCUCGCUGAAUCUGGGGAGCGAUUGCUUGGGAGAUUCCGUGAGGAGCUUGAGUAUUUUCGUAGGCCCCAGAUUCCUAAGGAAUCAGAUGUCAUGAAUCAGAUACUUAAAUCCAACUGCACUGUCAGAAUGAGGUCCUAUGUUGAAGCUGGCUGCAGGCUUCACUACCAAAACAUCUCAAACAUAAAUCAGUUAAGCUCAUCCGAAGCUGGACUUAAAGAUCAUAUAAAGAAAGCUAAGACUUUGCUCGAAGAACUUGAAUGUCUAGUCGAGAAUGUCUAUGGCAUCACAUUAACAUCCAGUUUAAGUGCUCUGGAAGUUUCAGACAGUCAUUGCCUCGACAACAUGCCAAGCACCGAUUGCUAUGCCAUGGAGGAGGAUAAACGAGCAGAUCAUUUGGACAUGGACGUAUCGCUCGUUACGGUGAUGGCCAUGGUUCGCAACAUGCUGAAGCUUGACUACACGAUGCAGGAGAAGAUUGUCACUGCAUUGUCCUUGAAAACACCAGCAUCGGAGCUCGAGGGAUACUGCCUCAUGUGGGAUCUACGCCCGUACAUCGAUGACGACGUGAUGCGUCUUGCGUGGAACAUGUGUCCUUGAAGCAUUGGGGCUUUGAGUUGUUUCUGCUGGGAUGGAUGUCUGGUCUGUUCAUUAUUUUCUUAUGUAUGACAACGUGGUUGUGUGUGUUCAUGGUCGUCUUCUGGAGACGAGAAACACAUGGGUGUUGUUUGGUUCACAUAAAUUGGUAACUAAUAAUAUUAGAUUAUGUUUGUUUAAGUUCAA